CUUUCACAUGGUUACAUCAGAUUGCUGCUGCUGUUCUGCCGCACAGACCAUGCUUUGACUGGGGAAAAGCGAAAUUUGGGGGUUUUCAUGCAGGUUGUAGUGCGGUUUGCCGACAAUAUCAAAGCCUCGAUACGUUCCUGCGCGUUUGCUGGGAGGUCGUUGGUAAAACCAGCGGCGAUGUGUAAGGAGCUGAAGGGUAAAGUGCUGAAACUGGAGCCGCCGGCGAGAAACGGGCCCAUGAGUUGCCAGGGCGAUCGUCAGCAAGACUGGAAAAAAAUUCUGGACACCACAGUUCAUGUUCUACAGGCAGGACAAGUCGUGGCUGUGCCAACAGACACAAUAUACGGGUUAGCCUGUCUAGCCCAGAAUUCAGACGCCAUUAAAAGGGUUUAUGACAUCAAAGGACGAAAUGGCGAGAAACCUCUUGCCAUAUGCGUGGGAGAAAUAGAAGAUAUUUAUAAGUACUGUAAGGUGUCAGUUCCUGGCCAGUUACUUAGAGACCUUCUGCCAGGCCCUGUGACAUUGGUACUGGAGCGCUCCGGGGAACUGAACAUGGACCUCAAUCCAUUCACUCCGUUGGUGGGCGUGAGGAUUCCCAACCAUGCCUUCAUGAGGAAGCUGGCCCAGCUGUGCAGGGAGCCUCUCGCUCUCACCAGUGCGAAUGUCAGCUCGCAGACCAGUACCCUCGUAGUGGAUGAGUUUUGUGAGCUGUGGCCCUGGUUAGCCCUUGUCGUGGAUGGUGGGCCGAUAGGUGACACGAUGAGUCCAGAGUGUCGUUUGGGAUCAACAGUGAUCAACCUGUCUUCUCCAGGACAAUACAGCAUCAUUAGGCCUGGCUGUGCACUUAAACCUACUGUUGAAAUUCUAGAGAAAAAAUACAGACUGUUGCUCAAACCUGCACAUCGGUAAAUAUACUGGAUCCACUUGGCUUCCUAUGAGAUGCAGAAAUGACUUUUGCUAAGGUGUGUACAGACUCUGGAUUUCCUUUGAUCCAAACCUGUUGACAUGGACCCCAAGCUGGGAUACUCUACUGCAAAGAUUGACUUCUGGCAAGAAGACAUUUCAUAUGAUUUUAUACCGAUGAAUGGCAUUACUCCAUGUCAAAACUUAAUCAGAAGUAAUGUCUUCAAGAUACUUACCUUGAUACUUAUCUUUAGAGCAAAAUGUGAUGUUUUGUGUAGCACAGACAAAAUGUUUGUCCUUUCUUUUGUCUAAAUGUGAUUUUCCAGGGUCGUUUAAGGUAUGAAAAAGGGUUUAUAGAGCAGACCUAAGGAUACAAGCACUCUGAUGCAAAGCUGAGUGAAUACAUGAAUCCUAAGCAUUCGUGGAUUUUUUUUUUCUGUUCAGUUUUCAACACUGAGCCAAGGUUGCGUGCAGUACUUGAAAGGAUUCUCAUGCUGCUUCCUAAAUGCAGCCUGCUUUUUUUUUUAAAUUCUGCUGUUGUACUUAGUGGUGCAUGGCAUAAUUCCAGAUAAGACCAGCAGUCAAUCUCUGAGCUACAAAAAACAGCUUGUUUGUGCCAGAAUCUAAGGAACAAAUAGAUUAAAUCCCCUAAAAUACAAGUUCUUAAGAUGAAAGAGCUUCACAAACACUUACAGUUCUCCUGGGAACUGGUAGUCUCAACCAUAUUGCUUUUUCAUUAUCCACUAGUUAAGCCUGUCAUUAAUAUUUUACAGCCAAGGUGUUUUUAAUUCAAUGUGCCUCCUUUCACCUUUGUAACAAUUAAUUUGGUUUAGAACUCCUUUGGGAUUAUUUUCUCUCUCAGACGUUGUGGUUGUCCCUCCAAUUUUAAACUUGUAAGUCACCAAGAUGGGUUACUGAUAGGAAUUCUGUCUUUUGAUAGCAUUUGAAAGAUUUUUUUAUUUUGUGUUUUCCAUAUUAAAAGAAUGACCUCUU